AUGGCACCGAAGAAACCAAAAGCCAAUGUAAAUGAGGAGAACAGUUUGUUAGGUAGUUUGGAUGAAAGUGAGUCACCACAGUGUAGUGAGUUAAAAAAUAUGGUGAAUAACUUAGCAGAUGAUUUCAAAAGGUUACAGAUGUCUUUAUCUGGGGGUAGUAGGCAAUAUGUUGGUCUGUGGAGGGACCUGGGGGGUCACACUUUGACAUUUGUGCCUAAUGGACCAGUGCAUCCAAUGAACUUUUUAAGAAAAAUUAUGCAUAUCUUGGAUGAGGCUGGGGUGCCUGAAACCGCAAGGUUAAAACUAGUAACAGGGUGUUUGAGGGGCUCGGCUGCUGAGUGGGCGGAAAUCAAGGAGGAUUCUUUUGACUCAUUUCAGAGUUUCAUUGAUGCUUUCAUGGAUAGGUACUGGGGGGUUAAAGAACAACGUGCAUUGUACUAUGAAAUAAAGUAUGGUAGCAGGGCAGAUUAUGUUCUCCGGAUGGCAAAACUAGCCAGUUUUUUGAUAGACAAGAUUUCUGAGAGUGAGUUAGUGAGGUUUUUGUCACAGCAUUUUACACAAGAGCCAGAGAUUCAUAGGGCGGUUUUAAUUCAAAAUAUGAAAACCAUAGAGGAACUUGAAGGAUUUCUAAGAAAUUUAGAUGAGGUUGAUGCUACUAGUCGUGAUAGAAGAAAUGAAGGGAGAGGGGGGUACAACCCACCAAAUCAUAAUGGUAAUCGAAAUUUUAGGCAAGAUGCUCAGGGAGAAAAUAACAGAAAUGAUCAGGAUAGGGCUAUCAGAUUUAUAGAUGUGGGAGAGGAUUUAUUGAGUGAAAUUGAGGAUGGUGGAGAUGGUGAUGAAGGACACCAGAUGAUUUCCUCAACUGUGAAAGGUAAUGUUUAUGGUGAAGAAGUAAACAUAUUACUAGACUCAGGUAGUCAAUGUUGUGCGAUAUCUGAUGAAUUUUACAAGAAAAUAAAUUCUGAUGAAAAUGGGAUAUUGGUAUUGCCGGUGGUAAAUUUCUCAGUUACGGGGGCAGUUGGUAAAAAGCAACAGCGAAUUAAGCAGCAGGUUUUAGUGAAAAUCGAAAUUGGGGGGUGUGUGUUUGAAAUCCCUUGCAUAGUGGUGCCACAUUUGAACCGUUCGGUUAUUUUAGGAAGCGAUUGGUUUUUAAAGGAACAUGUCAAACUUGAUUAUGAUGAUUUAGUUUUAGCUGUUGAUGAAAAAAGUUUAAAGGUGAGAAUUCAGUUGGAAAGAAGGGAUGAGGCUCAGUUAUCGAUUAAUUUUCUACAAGAAGGACAAAUGAAGGAUAGGAAUAGACAUCGUUAUACAGAUUUCGAGAUAAAAGAAGUGGUUACUAAGGCGGAAUCGUUUGAUGAAAGGGAAAAAGCGGAACUAUUGAAACUAGUUAAGGAUUUUGAGGGUAUUUUCUCUGAAACUCCAGGUCGUAUGCCAGUUUAUAAUCAUGAAAUAAAAAUGAGAGAUAACACACCAUUUUUUAAGGCCUCAUACCCCAUUGCAGUGUCUCAUCGGGUAGAAGCUCAGCGUCAGUUGUUAGAAAUGUUAGAGUUAGACAUAAUUUCUUUACAGCAAACUGAAUAUGUAUCGCCUCUCACCACAGUCAUAAAAAAAGAUAACUCAGUACGCAUAUGCUUAGAUGCCAGAUAUAUCAACACUCGCAUGGUAAAAGAUCAUGUUUUACCACCAAACCCAGAUGAUUUACUGACCAAAUUUGAUGGUAGCUGUUACCUUUCAACUUUGGAUUUGACUGCGUCAUAUUGGCAGGUGCCAGUGCGAAAAGAUGAUAGGAAAUAUUUGGGUUUCCUGUUUGACAAUCAAACAUAUGUUUUUAAUGUACUACCAUUUGGCCUUUCAACCAGUGUUGCCAGUUUUAUAAGGGGUUUAAAGCCAAGUUCUUCCAAACGAAUUAAUGUUUUGGAUCCUAACUUUGAGGAAAUUGCCAUGAGAUGGUUCAAUGAGGUAGACAAUGAAAACAGUGAUAUUGAACCUGAUGAAAAUGUGUUCAUUGAGAGUGAACAUGAGUCAACAAGCGAGCAAGAGGCGUCUGACGAUGAUCCUGAUUACGAGAUUGAACAUGACGAAGACAUGGAUAUUUCCAGUGGCGAAGAUGAUGCUACUAUCGGAAGUGAACAGGUGUUAGAACCUAACAGAUCAGGAAAUGAACCUGUGCAAAAUUUAAUAACCGGUGCAUCAGCUGCACCUGCAUUUACCUGCGGUAUCUUGAAGAGGCGCAGUAAAUUAGCGACUUGGAUGGAGGUGACGCUGCUGGCGGCACCGACGACCCCGGAGAUAACUUUCCGCACUUGGCUCUUGCUGCAGUGGUAUUCGCCACCGUCGAUGUUGCUGAUAGAACCUGUAACAAGAUCGAAGCUGAUCAAUAUCUUGCCAAGAAAUCUUAACGAGGGUGAUCCCUAUUUUAUCUGA